AUCACUAAAUGUAGCACCUCUUCCCUCUAUGGAAUUUCACAACACUAGACAAGCACCACAAAGCUCACAACAAUCCAGCUCGCAUCCAUCUGUUGCUCAGAGCCUUCACGCUUGCCUUGCCUUCUGCAAUCCCAGAGAUAGGAUGGUACCCAGACUCUGGCGCAUCACAUCACCUUCGAUUAGAACAACCUCAACGCAGGACAAACUAUAAUGGAUCAAAAAGUGUAUGGAGGUAAUGGCCAAGGUAUGAAAAUUACACAUAUUGGAAGCUCUAUAAUGCAUGCAUUCCAUCAAAUAGACCUUUUGAGCUACAAAACCUACUCCAUGUUCCCAACAUUUCCAAGAAUCUAAUAAGUGUAGCUAAAUUUACCCUGAACAAUUGCGUUUUCUUUGAAUUUUGGCCUUAUAUAUACAAUGUGCAAUGUUAGAUAACCAGGAAGACUAUUGCAAGGACUUCUUAAGGAUGGUCUCUACAAGUUUGAAGGAAUUUCAGUAAAUGCAAGACACAACACAACAUACACCAACCCUCCACCUCUCUAUAUACCAACAUGUUUGAACACCACUACUCAAGAACCGCCUUCACCUACAAAAAAUAGCAAUAUAGCCAUACCUUCCCCUGUGACCUCUGAGCUCCCAUAACAUAUUGUUGUCACUUCUGAAUUUGAUGCUAAACGCAUGGUUGUGCAAAGUGUUUCCAACACUGCAGCAAUCACAAAUGAGGAUAAAAGUCUAAAUAACAGUAUCUCUAUAGAAACCUACCCUGAACACAAAACACUCAAAAUGUACAUGCAAACAUUACAUGUAAAAGUAAUGACCUUGCUAUGCAGCUGUGGCACCAAAAGCUUGGUCACCCAGGUGACAAAAUAGUAAGCCUUGUCACAAAAGAAUGUAAUAUUCUUCAUGAAUCAAUAAAUAAAGAAAAUUGCAUUCCUACUCUUUGUCAUGCAUGCUGUAUUAGUAUUCUCAGAUAUUUGGGGACCAGCCCCUGUUCACAGUAGACUUGGCCACAAAUACUAUAUUUGUUUCGCUGAUUCAAGUACCAGAUGUACCUAUACCUAUCUGUUAGAGACAAAAGACCAAGCCUUUGAUGCUUUUGUGAAAUUUAAAGCGCUCAUUGAAAAUAGGAUAAGUCUGAAGAUCAAAUCCCUCCAAAUAGACAAUGCUUGUGAAUAUCUCUCAGCCACAUUCAAAGCCUAUCUCGACUCCAAUACUCCAUCACAGACUAACCUGCCCAUAAUCCCACCAACAAAAUAGUACUGUUGAAAGAAAACACUGCCACAUCACUGAAAUCACCCUCACACUAAUGGCCCAAGCUUCUCUGCCUCUAUCUUUCUAGGGAGAUGCCACCCUCUUUGCGAUCUAUCUCAUCACGACUGCCUAGCCAAACACUCUCCUACAAAUCACCUCUCGAGCUUCUCAUUGGCUGCAAACCUAACAACUCGUUCCUUAAACCAUUUGGUUGUGCCUGCUACCCCCUACUCAAACACUACAACCCUCACAAAUUCAACCACAAGUCUCACCAAUGCAUAUUCAUUUGGUACACAGGAAAUCAGAAAGAGUAUAAAUGUUUAUCUCCAUCAAGAAAGGAAUUCACAUCCAGAAACAUCAUCUUCAACGAAUUCGAAUUCCCAUAUCCCCACUUCUUCAAUACCUUCUAUCACUCCCCGUCAUCACCAUCUAUAGCCCAAUCCAACCAAAAUCCUCUCUUACUUUCCCUUCUAAUACCACCCUCACUAUAUCCUCAGUUGUGCAACAAGCACAGCAGUCCUCAACUCAGCCUUUUAGCCUCUCCCUUGACCAUCACUCCCAUCUUCCCACAACCUCAACACCUACACAACAGCCCUCGACCCACCCUACCUGUUCCCCACCCCACAAUCGAACACCUAAUUCCAUACAUCCAUUAUAUAAUGCUUCCAAUAUUGUUAAUUGCAUACCUGAGUCAUUACUUCUUGCGUCUGUGUCUUAUCCUGCAUUUUCUGAUACUAUUGUUGAUGUUUCCCCUUAUUAGAACUCCCUUGCAAGUGUUGAAUUGAGAUCUUUGUAGGAACCGUUGCCACUACUGUCUGUCGAAGUGCUGCUGCCAUAAUCGUCUGUGGAAGUCCCUACAUCAAAUGUCCACUCAAUGCAAACCAAGAGCAAAUCAGGGAUCUUUAAGCCAAAAACAUAUGUUACAGUAGUUAGAGAGGGGAUUCACCUGCGUAAUCAUGCUUCUAUGGUAGUGGUUGAUGCCAAUUCUAGUCUGGGAACUUGGGUUCUGUGCACUCUGGCUCUUGUGACUACGGCGACUGGCGAUUUUGGCCGGUGCGAUCGUGCUCCUAUAGCGACAGCAGACGCAGACUCUUACUCGUGCACUCGGGUUUGUGAUCGUGCUCUUGUGGUGGUGGUUGACUAACUCCAUGGCUGAGUCAUUGAGCAGUUCCCACUGGCGUGAGGCGAUGCAAGAGGAAUAUAAAGCCCUAAUUCAUAAGAAUACAUGGUGGCUCACAGGCAGGCCCACUCACACAGCCCCUGUCAUUGGCUGUAAGUGGGUAUUCCACAUCAAGAAGUAUCCUGACGGCAUGGUGCAGAAGUACAAGGCAAGACUUGGCGCGAAUGGAUUCCAUCAGAAAGAAGGCAUCAACUUUGAUCAGGUCUUCAACCCCAUGGCUAAACUAGCCACUGUCAAGGUCGUGUUAAGUGUUGCACUUGCAAAAGGAUGGAAAGUUCGCUAGUAUGACUUCAAUAACGCGUUCCUCAACAGUGAUCUAGAGGAAGAGGUCUUUAUACCCAGCCUAAGGGAUUCACUUCGUCUGCUCAUCCUCAACAUGUUUGCCAACUCCAGAGAUCCCUCUAUGGCUUAAAGCAGGCCCUAAGAGUCUGGUUUACCAAAUUACAAUACACCCUUCACUUGUUUGGCUUCCACAACACCAGAUUAGACACUACCAUCGUCUUCACCAAGUUUACAGCCACCUUAGCCACAUUCAUCCAUGUGUAUGUUGAUGACAUUCUGGUCACUGUCUCCUCUGACUCUGAAAUUCAAGUAGUUACACUCCACCUUCUCUCUCAAAGACCUUAGUGAAAUGAGCUACUUUUUGGGCAAUAGAGGUCGUGAGACACAAUGAAGCAGAAAUUCACAUUUUACAAACCAAAUAUAUCAAAGAUCUUCUCCAUAAAGCUGAGAUGUCCAUUGCAAAACCUAUGCCUACCCCCAUGACCUCUGACUUGAAACUCUCAGCUCAUGAAGGAGAACCCUUCCCCAAACCAGCCUUGUAUCGAUCAAUUGUAGGUUGACUUCAGUAAGCUAUAAUCACCCGCCCUGAGAUCUCCAAUGUUGUCAACAAAGCCUCCCAGUUCAUGCAGUAUCCCCUUGAGAGCCAUUGAAAGGCAGUAAAGCAAAUAUUGCGAUAUCUUUCCAGGACUAUUCAUCAUGGUCUCCGAUUCCAUAAGUCAACAGAUUAUAGACUCUACGGAUUUUGUGACUCCGACUGGAGAAGUGAUAUGGAUGAUAAGAAAUCAACUAGUGGAUUUUGUGUGUACUAAGAGAGAACUUUGUCUAUUGGUCUAGCCAAAAGAAAACAACGGUCUCAAAGAGUUCAAUAUAAGUAGAGUACAGAGGCCUUGCAGCAGGGCUCACGAAAAUUAUUUGGAUUCAGAACCUCCUGAUUGAAAUGCAUGUUGUAUGGUUAAAUUGAGUCUCUAUAACAACAGCCAAAGUGUUGUACUACUGGUUGCUAAUCCUGUACUGCACAACAAAAGCAAGCACUUUGAACUAAAUCAACAUUUUAUCAGAGACUAUGUUACGCAAAAGAAAAUCACCAUCCAGCAUAUUCUAUCCCAAGAUCAGAUUUCUGACAUGCUAAUAGAGCCACUCUCAGCAUCAAAUUUUCUAAGGCUCAGAGCCAAAAUCAGAGUAGCUAAAAGAGACCACAUUAGCAGGGUUAAUGUGAUGUUCAGCAACAGGAAAGAAAGAUGUGAGCUCUUGGAGGCCUUACACAUUAGCUACAAACACAUCAACAUUUCAAUUUUUUCUCAGCGAAUUCAUCUUCUGUGGGGUGAGAAUGAUAAGAUUUUCAAAAAGGAGCUUGCACACAAUAUGAAAGAGCUGCUGGGAAAUAAGACAACAUUUGAAGGCAUAAAGAAUGCUGGUCACCUGGUUCAUAUGGAGAGACCCUGUGCAUUUAAUACCUCUCUCAACCAUUUUCUUUCUUCCCUCUUAUUCCCAACUCCCAAUUAAUCUUCUAUUUCACAACUAUCUUCGGCUCUAUCUAUGUUGAGAGAUCAAAGUGGCUCGUGAACAAGCUAGAUAGUUAAAUAAAUCCCAUUGAGAUCCUUCAAACUUGUUCAAAUAAAUGGGAUUGAGAUCUUUUAAACUUGUCCAAAGUGGUCAUAUUUCAUGCAUCUAGCUACUACUUUAAACAUUGUUUUGGAGGAUUCCAAUCUACCUAAAUGCAUUUCCUUUGUACUUUUAAUGUUUAGUAAAUUCUCUUUUCAAACAAUGUCCCUGUAUGAUUUUUUCAUUUCAUGAUCUAUAUAAUUAUGUUGAAAAUUACAAAUAUCACGUAUAAUUUUGUAGAAAAUAUAGAAACGGUUAAGAAGCAAAUAUGAAAAUUAUAAUAAAUUAAUUCUACAUCGAAGAAAACAAAAAGAAACAAGAAAUUUAUAAGAUGAGAGAAUCAUUAACUUGAUAUUUUAAGAUUUUGAGUUAGAUGUUCUCUCUCUGGUUUCUAAUACCUUACAACUUCCAAAUUGCAAACAGUGAUCACUACUGUGAUUUAAAAAAAAUCAAUACGAUUUGUGCAUGACAAAUUGAUUAGUUUUUUAACACAACCAUAUAAAAUACACAUUAAAGUAUAAAAUACA